AUGAAACGGAUACUCCUGAGGAGAGUAGCCUCGAGUGUGCCUCCUGCAUGUGCUGAUAUCUCAUCAUGGCGACCCCACCCCCCGCGUGGGGAGAACGCAGAAAAAGGGAAACCUUGGGAAGGAGGAAAAGUAAUCAGAAAAAAUUGCCUCGCGCAACAUGAAGAGGAUGUAAUAAAUUCUAUACAAAACAGAAUACCCAAACAGGACCGACUAAUUGCAAAUAAGAUAACUCAGGUACUUCAACAUUAUAGUGUAUACAAUUAUCGUAACGAACAUGUGAUUCAGGUGAUACGUUCCUAUGUGAAGCAUAACGUAGACAGAUUAUCUCUGAUCAGAUUAUGUGUGUAUGUAAAUUAUUUUUUAAAUUUGAAAGUGAAAGGAGAGAGAAACUUUAAUUACAUCAUCACAAAUUGUCUCAUAAAGAAAAUUAAGAAUGACGAAUUUGUGGAUCUCCAUGGACUUUGCUUAAUUGCGAAAUUUAUCCUUAGGGAGAGAGUUAAAGAUGGAGAGCUCCUCCGCUUGCUAGAAUCUCUUGUGAAGAACAAAGUGGAUGCAACGUCUAGUUCGUUCGACGUAUAUAACUUAGCUGUUUCUCUUCUGAGCAUUCAGAGCGAGGGGCUCCUACGGGGGGGCGAGGCGGCCACGCAAGGAAGAACCAAAGUAAGCAUGCAAAGUAACCCUGAACUGUACUACACGCAGGCAAGCGCUCACCCCCCAGAUGGAGUAAUCCAAUUGAACGAAGAGAACGUGUACACACUACUCCAACUCUACCUUAAAGCAGAAAAAGUAAAAAACGAAGAACUACUCUUAAUCAUCAACACAUUGAGCACCAUGGACAGAAUGGCCUUCUUCUACCAAAUGAAUUUAACAAAAUGUCAGAGACUCCAACUUUACGAGGCUCUCUUAACACGAGUAAAUUUCCAGGACAGAUUCAGUGGGAAGGUACUUUCCCUCUUCCUUUUUAAUUUAAAAAAAAUGAUUCGAUUAGGGGAGAUAUCAGAAGGGAUCUUUUACUCCACUGUGAUGAACUUGGGUUCAGCCGUCAGGGAGGCUGCUGUUGAGACGAAGUUGCAGGUCAUGCAAGAUGUGAAUUACAAUUCGGAAAUAUCCAGGGAGAGAGAAAAGAACGAGUUGGUUGCUGAAGGUGUAGAAGUUAAAACGGUGAAUGUUACGAAUGGUUUGAAUGAUCACCUCGUGAGGAAAAAAGCUACCCAAGGGGAACAACCCCAAUUGAGGGCGCAUUUUAAUCUGCAAGAGGUCGGCAUGGUACUGCAAUUUUAUGAUGCCCUGGUGAAAGUCACCCAGUGGAAGAAGAGCAACAUUUGGUGUAACCUGCAACCUGCUAGACACAUCGAAUCAGAGCAAAAUUGUCAAAAUAUUUACGAUGAAGAGGUAGGUGAUGUAACGCUUCAGAUGGAGAAACGCACGGGGAAAGAAGGCGCUGUGAGGGUAGACGACACCCAUGUGAAUACCUCCAUUGAGGAGAAAACCCACUUACGUACGAUGUACGACCCGAUAGUACGCCUUCUGAAGGAAAGCCUCCUUUUUUACGCCCAAGGGAAUUACGGAAGAAAGGUAAAAAUGAACGCCCUCGAUUUUUGUACGUUACUAAAGGGAUUCUCAAAAGUAUUCCAAAAUACAUUCCUAGAUCGAAACAUAUUUAAUAUUUUUCAAAACUUUUUAAUGUAUAAUAGCAAGAAGAUUAAAAUUAAUGAGUUGCAAAUAAUUUUGAAGUUAAUUUUUGAAAAGAGAAAAUUUGAUUUCUUCCUCAUCCUGUGUAGUGGUAGGAAUUGCUCCAUUUUCGAACAUCUCCAGAGUGUACUCUUGAGAACUGUCCUGAGCGAAUCACCACACUGGUCAAAUCAGGGGAAGAUAGAAGAAUGUAUCAUGUGCUUUUAUUAUUUGUCCUUCUUAAAUUUUAAUCCCAACACAUACCUCGUGGUCAAUCAGUUCAUCAUGGAUCAUAUGACAUGCACCAGCGCCAUUCCUCUUAUGCCCUACAUUAUUAUCAGCAAAUUUAAUUACCAUAUGUUGGAGAUGAGAGCUAUAAAAAAGAUGGAAUUUUUUCAAGUGGAAGAAGCAGUAGAAAAUAACAACAAGGAUCUACUGGCCGAAAGAAAGCAAAUCACAAACAACUUUGAGAAAAUGGACAAGCUCUACCAAUUAAUAAAUCGACACUUCGAAAUGUAUAAAACAUUCUUUGUGCUAAACUGUAUUUACGCCUUGACGAAAUUUCUAAAGGAUAACAGGACAAGUGGUUUCCCUCCUUUUUCAAAUUUUUCCUUCCCCCAGUUAUUCAACAAAUUGAGCCAUCGGCUGUUAAUGAAGAAUGCAUUGGGAACGCAUCAACAUGGAGACCAUAUCCCCACCCAUUAUGAUUACUUUGUCAAUUAUGUUAAAUACAAUUACUGCUUAUUAUUUCUUCUUCAGUAUGUUGAUUUAUGUAUCUUCCUUCAGAGGAUCCCUUUAGGGGUUGAAUUUCCAUUUUCCUUUUACACCCCUUUUAAUGCGUACCUCACUGCGGAAUUUUUAGUCAACUAUGAACGACUGUUGAGGAGUGGCCAUUUUACACCCCCCCAGGAAUUUUCAGAAAACACGAACGAAGCAACGGGAUCUGUUAUGGCGACCGAUACACCUGCGUUCACGCGAGAGGUGAUGAACUCCCGCUGGAGGGAAAUCCAAAUGGAGAAAAAAAAAAUGUUGAAAAACGUAACGAGGUACGCAAGUUCACACUGCAACGUGAUGAGCGUACACGACCUUAUACACUUGAUCAAGACAUUCAAAGUGAUGGCCCCCUUGAUAGACAGUGGCAAUCUGUCUACGCUGCGCACGUCUAUGUCAAAUUUAACUUUCGCCGGAAAUGUUAAGACGAGCACCAGCUUCGAGCUCCUUACAGAAUUGAUCAAAUUUAUGUACCACUUUGAAUUGCAAAACGGCGAAGUGUUUGCCGACUGUCACGGUACGAUAGUGGAUAUGUUGAUACUUGCGUUCAGAAUUGUUUUUAAAAAUUUACCUGACCGUACAGACAAUAACUACCUCGGCAUGUUGCAGUUUUCCCUGCUGUAUGUGUCUCACUUUGUGCGCGGAGCAAAUUUAGUUUUCAAUUCACUAUCCCUAACCGAUUUGAAACGGGCGGAUUAUAUGACGAACUUGUCGCCGAUGAAUUUGGACAAGUACCCCCAGUCCUCGUGCACAUUUCAGAUACAAAUUUUAAAAGUCCUUAAAGGCGUUGUCAAGAAUGAAAAGAGGAUACUAAACGAAUACCGCGUCGGCGACACACCAUACACGGUUGACAUUCUUAUAACGUAA